UUUAAAAAGUUGGGGGGUUGGCUGCAGGGUCCACGGACCACGCUGGACGGCGUAGCACUGUCACUCGCCUCCCGGCACAAAUGGGCUGAGGCAGUGGAAUUAUCCAGGAAGCUGAGCCCGGCGCCCUUAGGGGAUGACGGGAGGCGGGGAUGGUGCGAGCGAGGACCGCGGCCUCGGCCGGGCGUCGCGGAGGCCCCGGGCCGGGCUGCAGAAAGGAAGCGCGCUGUUAUCCGCGGCCCGCAGGGGGCGCCGUAGGCCGCCGGGCCGGCUCACCCCCGCCCCACGUGAAAGGGCGCCGGGGCCCGCGGAAUGCGCCCGCCCCCGGUGACGCGGGCCACCCUGCCGGCCCCACUCUUAAAAAGCAGGCGGCGCGCCGGGCUUCCAAGCAGAGCUGGAGAGAGGCGUGCGAGAGUACCGGCGGCGGAGCGCGCUGUCACUGCGCCCAAGCAUCCCACGGCUUUCCGCUGCACACGAGCCGGCCGUGCAGCCCCGCAGCCCCGCGUCCCUCACUGCCAGCGCGGAGUGCCCGGGGGACGCGUGUCCCAGCCCCGGCCCCAGGCUUCCCCGAGCCGCGCGCCGGCGCACACACCCCUCCUCGCCUUUGUUCCGGGGGUUGGCGGCCGCACUCCACUCCGCGUCGGGACCUGGUGGGCCGGGCAGGUGGGCCGCUGGCGCAGCCGCGAAGAUGCCCCUGGAGCUGACUCAGAGCCGGGUGCAGAAGAUCUGGGUACCCGUGGACCACCGGCCCUCGCUUCCCAGAUCCUGUGGGCCGAAGCUGACCAACUCCCCCACGGUGAUUGUCAUGGUGGGGCUCCCUGCCCGGGGCAAGACCUACAUCUCCAAGAAGCUGACUCGCUACCUCAACUGGAUCGGCGUCCCCACAAAAGUGUUCAAUGUGGGCGAGUAUCGGCGGGAGGCCGUGAAGCAGUACAGCUCCUACAACUUCUUCCGGCCCGACAAUGAGGAGGCCAUGAAAGUGCGCAGGCAGUGUGCUUUAGCCGCCUUGAGAGAUGUCAAGAGUUACCUGGCAAAGGAAGGUGGACAGAUUGCAGUUUUUGAUGCUACCAACACUACUCGAGAGAGGAGACACAUGAUCCUUCAUUUUGCCAAAGAAAAUGACUUCAAGGCCUUUUUCAUUGAGUCUGUGUGUGACGACCCCACGGUUGUAGCCUCCAACAUCAUGGAAGUUAAAAUCUCCAGCCCGGAUUACAAAGACUGCAACUCGGCAGAAGCCAUGGACGACUUCAUGAGGCGGAUCGGCUGCUACGAGGCCAGCUACCAGCCCCUCGACCCCGACACGUGGGACAGGGACUUGUCGCUGAUCAAGGUGAUCGACGUGGGGCGGCGGUUCCUGGUGAACAGGGUGCAGGACCACAUGCAGAGCCGCAUCGUGUACUACCUGAUGAACAUCCACGUGCAGCCGCGCGCCAUCUACCUGUGCCGGCACGGCGAGAGCGAGCACAACCUGCAGGGCCGCAUUGGCGGCGACUCGGGCCUGUCCAGCAGGGGCAAGAAGUUUGCCAGUGCCCUGAGCAAGUUCGUGGAGGAGCAGAACCUGAAGGACCUCCGGGUGUGGACCAGCCAGCUGAAGAGCACCAUUCAGACAGCAGAGGCGCUGAGGCUGCCCUAUGAGCAGUGGAAGGCGCUCAACGAGAUCGACGCUGGUGUGUGUGAGGAGCUGACCUAUGAGGAGAUCAAGGACACCUACCCUGAGGAGUAUGCGCUGCGUGAGCAGGACAAGUACUAUUACCGCUACCCCACGGGGGAGUCCUACCAGGACCUGGUCCAGCGCCUGGAGCCUGUGAUCAUGGAGCUGGAGCGGCAGGAGAACGUGCUGGUCAUCUGCCACCAGGCCGUCUUGCGCUGCCUGCUGGCCUACUUCCUGGACAAGAGUGCAGAGGAGAUGCCGUACCUGAAAUGCCCCCUCCACACUGUCCUGAAGCUUACACCUGUUGCUUAUGGUUGCCGUGUGGAGUCCAUCUACCUGAACGUGGAGUCCGUCAGCACCCACCGAGAGCGGUCAGAGGAUGCAAAGAAGGGACCUAACCCGCUCAUGAGGCGCAAUAGCGUCACCCCGCUAGCCAGCCCCGAGCCCACCAAAAAGCCGCGCAUCAACAGCUUUGAGGAGCAAGUGGCCUCCACCUCAGCCACCCUGCCCAGCUGCCUGCCCCCAGAGGUGCCCACGCAGCUGCCCGGACAACCUUUGCUAGGGCAGGCCUGCCUGUAAGUAUCUCUCUCUGCGUGUUUCUGCUGCCUUCCCCUGCUUCAGAGCCUGCCUCCCACCUGUCCAGAUACUGAGGAUAGGGACAGUUUGUGUGAAGUCUGAGGUCUUUGGGGGGAAGGAGGAGAGACGUGUAUGGGAGGAGGAAGGAAGAGGGAUUCGUGAGGUUUUCAGCAAAGGACCGAGAGGUCACGGUGGCCCCAUAGGUGGUCAGCAUGUCCUGGCAUUUCUGCUCCCUGGUCCCGCCUGGGCUCUGGCUCGGUGUAAACCCGUAUGUCCUCCUUCAGCCUCAGAUUUUGGUGGUGGGCAGGGCCAGCAGCUGCUACCUUUGCCUUAAAACCCCCUCACUGGGAGCUUCCUUGCACUUUGAAAGGAAAACUGAGCCAGAGCCUGACCUGCAAGGCAAAUAUCUGAGGACAAGGGACCCUGAGGGGAGUGUGGCUGGGCUGGAGCGCUCUGGACAGGGCCGUUCUGUGGAUCUGGCUAUCUCGUGUCAGGAGCUGAAUAUAGCUCCUGAGUCCAUCCCAUUUGGUCUACCCUUCCUUGGUCCUGAGCCUUCUGCGGAGUUUUGGGGACGGCAUUGACUUGUACAGUCACCAGAUAGAUAACUCAGUGCCCUGAGUCCCAUUUGCAGAAGCUGAGGCCUGCCUGUCCCAGAGCUUUGGUGGCAGCUCCACGAGAUGUCAUUCUUUGCUCUUCAAGUCACAGCUGCCCUGUCAUUCCAUUUUUGCUCGUCAGGAUAGCCCUGAGAUGCUAGAGUAUGAGGCUUGUGUCUGGACUUGCACUGAGCUUGGGGUGUGGUGAUGGCAUGCGGUGAGAGGCCCCUGCUGGGGUGCUGCUGCUCCCGGAGAGUGUGCUGGGCACCCGCAGCCAGUCCCUGUUCACCAGAUGAGGGCUGAGGCCAAGUGCUUGUCCUCUUUUCGAAAGCUGGUCCUCCCUGCAAGCUUCUGUCCUGAGGCUUUGCCUCUGCAGCCUUUGGGCCACUGCUGAACCCCCCGACCCCCUGCAGCCCAUCCCUUGUAGCUGUGUCCACAGCUGAGAUUUGCUUAGCUGGUGGUGUGCCCAUCAACGUCCACGGGUGCAUGUUCCCAUAGGCUGGUGCCCUUCAUCCCUUGCAGCACAAACCAGAGCCUGGGCUGCUUCCGGGUAGGGGUCUGCUUGUGUGAAACCAGCUGUUGGGUUUGGAGCCUACCUCCGUGUGUGUCGUGGUCCUUCCCACCCAUGCCCUGAUGUUGCCAAGAAAGAAAUCUUCCCACUGGGAGGCUCCAAGUGGGACAUUCCCUGUACUGUUAGUGAUGAGCUUGACUAGCUCCAGGGCUCAUAUCAGUGUGCUCGGCCUGAGCCCCUCCAGCUCAGUGAAAAUACCUCCCUCCCACCCCUCUCUGCCACUAUGUCUGAGUCUGAGAAUUGACCUGGCCCUGUGACCAGAAUUUAUGAUUUGGGUCAGAUUGAGCCGGGGUUACAUCUUGGUUGGUUCCUUUGGCGGCCUCUGUCCUUAGAACUCUGGGCACGUUGAGCCAUUCCAGGACUUUGACGUCCUCACCUAUAAAGCAGAGGCAAUAACUUUUUCUUGAGACAGUCUUAUUUGUUGCCCUUGGUAGAGUGCUAUGGCAUCAUAGCUCACAGCAACCUCAAACUCUUGGGCUCAAGUGAUUCUCUUACCUCAGGCUCCCGAGUAGCUGGGACUACAGGUGCCCACCACCACACCCAGCUGUUUUUAGAAACAAGGUCUUGCUCUGGCUCUGGCUGGUCUUGAACGUGUGAGCUCAGGCUAUCCACCUACCUUGGCCUCCCAGAGUGCUGGGAUUACAUACAGGUGUGAGCCACCAUACCGGGCAGGAGGCCAUAACUUGAUAAGGUGUUUUGAUGAAUGAGAAUGUAGACACAGCUGUAUCACUUAGCCUGGUGGACAUGGGAACACCGGGGCUCCCUGGGGUCCGGUCUGCAUCUGGCUGCCCUCCUGCUCCUUCCACCACAGCCUUGGGAUUUCCAGAGUGCAGACAUGGGAGGGAAAGCCCUGGGGGCUUGGCCAUCUUGGCUCCCAGAUAGAGUGAGAGGAUGCCCCGACUCGGCCCUGUGCCAGGUCUCCCCAGCAGCUAUGCCACUGCCCCAGACCGAGAUGCCCCUUGUCACUCACUCAUGGUAUAACCUUCAUUUCUAAUUUUCUAAUGCACAUGGGGAGGACAAUCCUACUAAAGGUUUUUUCCCCCCUUUUCCAACCUGUUUUUCCUCUUUCCUACUAUGCUUGAAAGACGAAGUGUCUGUCACAUUUUCUCAAAAUUCUCUCCUUACUGACCUGGGAAGGUAAAUGCCUGGGUGCACGUCCCCACGCCCUGCAUCUCCCGAGUUGUGGCGUCGUGGUCUAUGUGCAGACCGGCCAUCGUGCACUCUGUGGCUCAUUGUCUUGGCGGGAGGUGUUGACCGCGGCGCCAUCAUCGUGAGGUCUUCUGGUCUGUCUCCCUCUCCCCACCAUGUGUGCUGAGCUGGGGUCCCUCCCAAGUGAAUGACAGCCACAGCCCUGGCCUUAGGGUUCUCAGUGUCUUGUGUCACUGUCAUUUGUGGGUGCUGGAAGCUGUGGGCUCUCCGUGCGGCCGGCAGGUUGGAACCAGCAGCAGUGGCUGGGAGGGCAGCACUCUCGAGCCCAGCUGGAGCUCCCGACUCACAACAGGUGCCCAUCACCUGGGUUUCUGGGUCCUGCCCUGUCUGGGCAAAAGCUGUGGUGCUCCCAGCUUCGUGCUUCUGCUCUCUUGAGGCAUCUCUGGCUGUGGCCCUGGGUCCAUGUGGGGUGGGAGUGGGCUCUGUGCUCUCCCCCCACCCCCUCCAGAAUAGUCUUGUUAGAGAUGCUCAGGAGCACAGAAUACUUUUAAAAAUUGUGUUUUUUAAUUGAGUGGUAGGUUAAAGAGGUUGACAAGAUCCCUGCCUUGCCAUGUUCCUGUGCCCCGGCUGUGUUAACAAUGUUUUUUUUUUUUUAAGCAUACCAUUUGGGGGGAGGGGACAGAGACUGAAGAUAAGUGGUCUCUGACCACCCUGCACAACUGGUGUACAGCUUUGAGGGGGAUUUGACACCUGGCCAGGGCCUUAGGGGAGGCACUUCUCACCUGCCGUGGUGCUCAGAGCUGGGAUGUUGCUUUAGUGACAAGCCUCUGCCCUGCUCCCACCUGGGUCUCCCCAUAUGUCCGGCCAUCCCAUGCGUCAUCUGUGUUCUGUCUGUUGAGCUGUGUUCUUGGAAUCUGGAUGCAUGAGGCUUCUGAGGGCACUGAGCCACCCACUGCUGUCCCUGAGCAGCUCCAGCGUGGCCACCGAGCUGCCUGGUCCCCAGCCCCCCCCCCCCCCACACACACUUGCCUCCACUCAGGCCUCCAGCCUCCUGCCCAGCCCCUCCUCUCUCUGUGACUCUGGUGUUAUUUUCCAUCACUUUCUGGGACCCCUGGCUGCUCCCCACCUGCUGGGCUGAUGACACUUGUCCUGGGGGCAGGGAGGGAAGACAUCUCAUUGCAUGACUUUGAGUCUUCUGCCUGAGACACGGGCCAGCAGCAGACCCUGACCCCCACUUCCUCUUCUCUCCUGGAAACAGAACAUGAAGGGCUCGCGGAGCAGUGCCGACCCCUCCAGGAAACACUGAAGCUGACGCGGCCGGUGGUUCCAUUCCAUUUCCAUUUCUGCAGCUUAGCUUGUGUCCUUCCAUAUACCCGAGGCCAAAGCGAUCCCAAGGACUUCUUCUGGAGUGGGCUGGGGUGCAGGAGAUGUACAGGGGUCUGGCUGGAGGGACCUGUGCAUGGCAUGGGUCAGGCCAGACCCCAGAAAGCCAUGCAGGCUCCGGCUCCCUCGCCCUGUGCUCUCUCAUCUUCCAGGGCUGUCUGGCUUUGCAGACCCUUCAGAUGCUUGGGGAGACUCUGAGUAGAGGGAAGGAAUGGGGGCCCCGAGGAGGGCCCCAGGGCUGCUGUGUUCUUUGCUUUUGCGAUCUUGGCCUGGCAUAGUUGGAGCUGGCGAGAUGAUGCUGACAGCAAAUCCUAAAAUUAAAGGAUGCCAGAUCCCAGCAGCUGAGGAUGGGAAGAUGCCUCGUGGGGAGCAGCCCUGGACAGGUGCAGGUUUGGGGCUCUUCUCCAAGGAGUCCCCGAGGUGAGCAGAGACAUGCCCUCGGCACGUCCAUACACCGGCCUGGGCCUGUGUUCUGCUUCUGAAGAAGAUGUUUCGGGGACAGGGUGGCCUUGCCAGCAGAGGAAGUACUUUGCUGAAAUACAGGACCCAGUGCUUCUCUCCUUCUCCCUGGACUUGGAGGUACUGAGAGAAUCGCCCUCCUGGAGCUACUGGUGUUUGCACUUUGUCAUGGUAGAAGUGUGACCUGACAGUCACACCUUCUCUUCUGGAACUUAGAUGCUGGGGGGCUGCGCACUCGGGGCUUAGAGCCUCCAAAUGCGGGUGUGGAGCAUGGCCACGACGGGGCAGUUUGGAGCACAUGGAUCCUCGAGAGACUGACCUGGCCAGAUGACAGGGAGGAGAGCUCCUGGCCUCCUUCCCUCAGGACUGGCAUCCUUGCCCAGGUUCCCAGGUGGGGACAAUCUCUCAGUCAAGGCCUCGUUCCAGGGGACUUCCUCCAAGAAGCUGUCUGCACACUUUGUGGUGCAUCUGCCAUGGGGCUGGAGCUGUGCCGGGUGCCCCGGGGGAAGCCGGAGGAGUGGAGCCUGGCCUUGCCUUCACAGCAUCUGUGACAUUUUUGCGGUGGCUGAAAGCAGAGCUUAUGGGACACCAGUAGUUUCUGCCUGUUGGUUUCUCCUUGCUCCUUGCAGUUCUGGGGCAGGAGGGGCUGUCUCAUGCCCAGAGGAAACAGUUUAGAAACUCACAAUAGAGUUUGUCCAAAUGACCCUUUUCAGGGUGUCUCAAAGCUGGUGCCAAAGGUCACUUUCCUGCCUUCUGCUGGAGACUCUGAGGUCCUCCUCCCAGCCCAGGGGGACAGGGCAGGUCCUGGACUGAGUGGGGAAGCUUCAGAAAAAUCGUUUCUCUGGUUGGAUCAGUAGGGAAUGAGGCUGUGCUUCAGAUACUGUGCAAGCCCAUUCUCACCCUCCCUGCCCGUGAGGACGCCUGGAUGUCCAACCCCAACAGCUUCUGACUUGGGCCCCUUCCACUCCCCAUGUCCUUAGUCUUGUCAGACUGUGUGUGGUAUGUGUGCGCACGAGUGUGUGUGGCUUGGUCAUGUUUUCCAAUGUUAGGGGCUGACAACCUUGUGUCCGAGGGCGGUUCCUCAUGUCCCUCUUUCUGGCCUUGUUCUUUGAACGUCAACACAGGCCUUGAUGAAGGUGAGUCUCCCCUCUACCUGAAACCAGUAUGUGAAUGGAGAAGGCUUUGCCUGACGUAGGACUUUAACCUGGGUGGGGCCUGGGUAGGGAGAGACAGAUUGGACAGGGACUUGGGACAACGAGCUGUGCUGCUUCGAGUGCAAGCUGGCGACCUGCCUGUCCGGUGGCCUCGGGGGAAGGUGAGCUUGGGCGACAGUCAUGGAACUUUUGCUCCUACAGGUCCCCCCUCCCCGAACCCCCUCAAAACAAACAAACUGGGACCAAUAUUUCUAACUUUGCCUAUUUGUUUUGGAGUGGGCUCCCCCUCCUUACUCUGUCCUGAGGCCCUGGGCAAAGCUCUUUAUUCUGAGGGAGAAGAAAAACUGUUGGAACCACACCAAUGAUGUUUUUGUUUGUAAUACUUGAAAUUUAUUUUUGUAUUAUUUUGAUAGCAGAUGUGCUAUUUAUUUAUUUAAUAUGUAUAAGGGAGCCUAAAGUGUAGAGAGCUGUCUAGAUGGGGUGCAGUCGUAUUGGGUUUGGGUGCCUUCUCCGUGUGACUCGCGACUCCCCUGUGCUCUGUAAACCCGUCUGAACGAGUGACCUGGGAUGAGGCCAUGCCAGCUUUCAAACAGGCGAUGCCUUUCAGAAAUUUGUAUAUUUUGCAGUUGCCAGACCAAUAAAAUACCUGGUUGAAAU